AUGGGUAGCUGCUUGACCGUCGGACCGAAUGAAGCCCUCGUUGUGUCAGGUGGCUGUAGUGGUUCAGAUGAGAAGACCUAUGUGGUGGGCGGAUGGGCCUGGGCAUGGUGGUUCCUGUCAGACACACAAAAAAUCACGCUGGAGAUUAUGACUUUACAACCCAAGUGUGAAGGUGUGGAAACAGCUGAAGGAGUUGCCAUUACAGUCACCGGGGUGGCUCAGGUGAAGGUUAUGACUGACCAGGACUUGCUGGCUAUUGCUUGCGAGCAGUUUUUGGGGAAAUCUGUGAUGGAAAUCAAGGCUGUGGUACUACAAACCCUUGAAGGGCAUUUACGCUCGAUUUUAGGCACACUAACAGUAGAGCAGAUCUAUCAGGACAGGGACCAGUUUGCCCAGUUGGUGCGUGAGGUGGCCGCCCCUGACGUGGGCCGAAUGGGCAUUGAGAUCCUCAGCUUCACUAUUAAAGAUGUUUACGAUAAGCUAGACUAUUUGAGCUCUCUGGGGAAGACGCAGACGGCUGCUGUGCAGAGGGACGCGGCUAUUGGUGUGGCCGAGGCAGAAAGAGAUGCUGGGAUAAAAGAAGCAGAGUGCAAGAAAGAAAUGAUGGAUGUCACGUUCUUGGCCGACACCAGGAUGGCUGACUCCAAGCGACAGUUGGAGCUACAGAAAGCUGCCUUCAACCAGGAAGUGAACACCAAGAAAGCAGAAGCUCAGCUGGCGUAUGAGCUACAAGCGGCUAAGGAGCAGCAGAAGAUCCGUCUGGAGGAGGUCGAGAUUGAAGUGGUGCAGAGGAAGAAGCAAAUCGUCAUCGAGGAGAAGGAGAUCGAUAGGACAGAGAAGGAGCUGGUUGCUACAGUCAAACGGCCCGCCGAGGCUGAAGCUUACAAGAUGGAGCAGCUGGCUGAGGGCCAGAAGAUGAAGAAGGUGCUGACCGCGCAGGCCGAGGCAGAGAAAAUUCGGAAGGUCGGGGAGGCGGAGGCCAGAUCUAUUGAGGCGGUGGGGAAGGCUGAGGCAGAGAGGAUGAGGCUGAAGGCGGAAGCUUACCAGCAGUACGGAGAGGCUGCCAAGACCGCGCUGGUUCUGGAAGCGCUACCAAAGAUUGCUGCCAAGGUUUCGGCCCCUCUGUCCAGGACCAAUGAGAUUGUGAUACUGAGUGGAGAAGGCAGCCGAGUGACGGGUGAAGUGAAUCGUCUGCUGGCUGAGCUGCCUGUGUCGGUCAACGCACUCACAGGCGUGGAUCUGACCAAGAUCCCUCUGCUGCAGAAGAUGACCAAUGCUGAAGCUUGAGACAAAUCACUUCUCGUUUCCCGCUGGUAUGUUUUAUGCACUCACUAAGAAUGCCUUAGGAACACUUGAACUUAUUGAAGAAGAAGAAAAAAACAAAAAAGUAAGUUAAAAAGAAGAAAACAAGUGGAUUUUUAUACCUCUGGUGCCUUAAUAUUUUAUAGGACCAGAAUAUUUGCAUGUACUGCUGCUCCUCCUGUACUGUUCAUGUUCGAGUUUAUUUUUUACUUUCAGUUAUGAAUGAAUGGACAUAUUACGGUGCGUCUUGGAAGAUACCGACACACAGUCUUUCUUUUUUUGCACUUUGGCGUUGUACUUUAUAAGCAUGUGAACCCAUCGUCAUAUUUCCAAAGUUAUGCUUUUUGCUUGAUUAUGUCUGUAACACGACAUAAACGCUACAAUAUCUGUUAAAACUGUGAGUUAGCUUUAGAUUACAAUUACUAUUGUUGCCGUACACUAAGUUAUAGGACUGUUUGUCUGGUAAACAUUGUAAAAAAAACAUGGGCAGUUCUCUGGACAGGGAUUAAGCCCAUUCCCAAUGCUGUUGUCCAGGACUUUAAUCCUUGUCCAGGAAACUGACUCAGCGCUGACCACUCUUUCCAUUAUUCAGGAAAUAUGGAAAUUGCCAUUUGCACUGAAGGAUCUAUAGUAGCGUGUAGCAUUUUAGGGCAGUGAAUUCUCUGGUGAUAACAUUGCCUUACGGGUAAUUUCCAUCGUCCUCUUAGAUCAACCAAGUGCUACUUUCAUGUGCUGCAUGGUUGCUUGCAGCUUUUGUAGGUAGGUGGAUAGACAAACAGACUUCAAACACAAGGUCAGAUAUUUCUGCAUGGAAUUUUUUCAUAGUUCGUGCUCAUGUUUUUACCUAUUCCGUCUUUUGAUUUUAUUUUAUUUUUUAACUUUUUUUACAUGAAUGGAUUGUGAAUUUUUAGGGUCAAUGCACUGUUUUUGAGGCGAGUUUUAAUGUUUUCAGCUUUAGAAUACAAAGUGGAGGUGGGUCAGUGGGUCAGCUUUGCCUCUAGCCACCGUCACCAUGCCCUCGUGCGAAGUUCCUAGACACGGGCACGGCAACAUGGUACUCCGAACGCCGCUACCUCUUGCCUUCUUAACCCCUUGUACAGUAGGCUUAUAAUGCAUUAGUAAUUUUAAGACUUAUUAAGUCAUGUAGUUUUGGCAGUGAGGAAUUUAAGCGUGGACUCUUGCAGUUUAAGGGGUUGAAGGUUAAAAACAAGAAGGAGGCAUUAGAGGCAGCAGAGGCCCAUUAAUUGCAGCUCUAAUCUGGCAGAUACAUGUGACUCAUGAGAAGCUGAUUGAAUGAUAUAUCGUCGUAUUUAAAUGGGUAUAAUCUGUUUCCUUUCAAAUGUUUUUGUAUUCUUCAUAUACACGAAAGCCAUGUAACGAAAACUUUUGUAGAACUAUCAUGAAGUAACCAUAGCUAUGGCCCUGCCUCUUCUUAUAUCACUCUAACGGUCAGAAAAACUCAAAUCACUACUACAUGGAUAACGAGUGUCCAGUUUUCUAAACGUAUCUAGCUAUAAGUGUGAUCUGUCACUGUGAAAGUUGGUAUGUCCUUUUCUUCUUUUGGCUCUCAGUAGGCAGGUGUAGGCUCCAAAGUCCUGCAGUUCACUUGCACUGCACAGGGUUGUGUUUUCCUGCUGUGAUUCAGCUCUAGGAGGAGUUCUAACCUGGCCCGAGUGAAGGGAAAACGCCAGACCGCAGCGUGCAGGUCGGCUGUAGGACUGGAGUCUGGAAACGCUGCUGGUAGAGAUUCUGUUGAUGUCUAUAUUGUGCCGUGCUCACCUGUGCUAUGAGAGGCAGAAACGGUUAUGUACCUGCUGCCUUGUUUAUUUCUCAUGCACUUAUGUUGACCAAGCCAAGAAAUCAGGACUUUUUAUUCUUAGACGAAUGAUUUAUUUAUGUGAAAUGUGAAAAUUAUGGAAUUUGUUUUAUGUGUUUUCUGUGUUUGCAAAGUGAGUAACUGAACCCAAAACAGCCUCUUAUUUCCUAUUUUCUACUCAUGAAUCAUGUGAAAAAGUGGACUAGGUUAAGCCACAGAUUAAGCCCUGUUAGGUAAAAUAGCAGAUUUAGUUAAAUAGCCGAUUUAGAUUUAUUUUAGGCUUGAUUUUUUUAUUAAAGUCAUUUGAAAUUCAGGACUGUUAAAGCCAUAGCACUACGGACACAGGCCUCGUUUCGGGUGAUAUAAAAGCACUGUAUGGCAUUUUACUCUGAAAUGAAUCAUGCUGUGUUAGAAAUGUAAAAAGUGCAAACUAGUUUGUUUAAAAUCAAGGCUGCAGUUCUGAAAUGUGUCAUAUUAGCCCUGAACAUAAAAUAAGCCACUUGUAAAGAUUUUUUUUUGUUUUCUUACUAAUUUAACUGCAUGGUUAUAGUGCAUGUAUGUCCAAAUACAAUAAAUGUUAUGUGAUCAUA